GUCACGAAAAACUGCGGGCCAGCUGUCACGGCGCGCGAAAGAUCAAAUUUUUUUUUUUUCCUCUAUUCGGUGUGUAUGGAACAGGCGGGAGGAAGAGGAACAACCCGGCUAAACGCUUUCUAAAUGUGCUUUAAAAGUCUGAAAUAGCCUUUUGUCACGCAGACAUUUACUUUUCGACGUCUGUUGUGGCUGCCGAGAUUCGUCGAAGCGUUGUCUCCGCUGGUUUAUUUUACAAAAGAGCGUAAACUAGCCGGCGGAUAAAGAUGAGCCUGGUCCUUUCUGAACAACAGGCGGAGGUGGUCCCAGCUGUGGCCCAAACUGCAACAGAGAGUGAUUCAGACAGCGGGAUGGGCUCUCCAGCAGAGGAGAUUGUCACAAAGACAGCUAACAAUAAAGAAGAGCUUCCAGAUGAUGAUGAUGAAGAUGAAGACAUCACAGUUCACAGAAAGCCUCAUCGUAAUGCCAUUAGAGACAGUGACAGUGAGGAAGAGGAGGCAGCUGCGGAGAACAGUGUACACAUGGCCGAAGCACUGGUUUUAUCUGCUUCCAGCGGAGAAGAGAUGGAGACUGGAGAGGCAGAAAAGAAGGGUGAGAGGAAAGAGAGAGGGGCGCAGAAGAGCAAGAGAAUAAACCGUGCUCCCAUUGACAGCGAAGAAAGUGAGCCUGAGCAAGAGAAAUGUGGAGAAAUGGAGGAGCAACAGGAGGAGGUGAGGAAGGAAGCGAAAUCGUCGAAGGAACGGAAAAAGAGAGAGAAGAGCCAGAGGCAUCGGGAGAAAAAGGAGAAGCGUAUCAAAGCGGUGGAAAAACUGAAGAAGAAAGAGAGGUUCUCUGAAAUGAAUGAGAACACACCUCUCUCUCGGGCUCUGAAUGACAGUGGAUGUCCGCUUGGCAACACAGACCUGUUUGAUACUGGUCUGGACGACGAUGAGGAGGAAGAGGAAGAAGAAGAGUCUUUGGAUGCCAUCCGAGCUGCUGUCAAGCAAAAGAUGAAAAAACAUAAGGAUCCUCUCUUGAAUGAGGAAGAUGAAGAGGCACCAGAGAAACCGCAGCGUGUGGAGAGGAAAGCUGCACGUGCCAGCAAAGAGGCAAUGAAGCAGCUCCACAGUGAGUCUCAGAGGCUGGUCAGAGAGUCUGCACUUGGGCUGCCCUACCACAUCCCUGAGCCGAAGACCAUCGACCAGUUCUUUAAAAAGAGAGCCAGGCCAGAGGGUCCUGCCAUGGCGUUGUUGAAAUCUACAAAGUAUUCAGCCGUGAUGUUGGAGACGCCAUCAGCUCCACCUACCACCAACCCACCCAGUGAGCCUCUGCAGCCAUCCACAGAGCAGAACUCGUCGCCUUCUCUAGAUUUGUCGUCCACUCAGAUCCAGCCCAUACCUCAUCCUGCUGCCACAUCGUCCCCGCAGCAGGAGAGCCUCAACCAGGCCAGAGAACCAACUGCAAGCCUAGAUCCUGACCAGGAAUCUGGACUGAUGCUUUACCUCUCUGAGAGUCUGCAGGAGUCAGUCACAACAGAUGAUAUAGUGAGACCUGCUUCUGACUCUGGAAAAGAAACCUCUCCUGCACCCUUAGAACAAAAUCAGAUUGCAGUAAUGUCUUACUCUGAAGCCCUGAAAAAAGAGCCUGAAUCUGGGGCUUUGGUUGCUCAGUGUGAAAGCGCUGAUCCAGCUGCAGCAGAGCCCUCAGUACAGCAACCCAUCAAACCCAAGAAGGACAAAUUGGCCAGACUGAAGAGGCUUGGACUGGACCCUCCACCUGUCGCUAAAUUGUGUCCAGAUGACGGAGCCUUUGUUCAGCUCGAGCCUCCACAGCUCAACCGUGGUGUGGAGGCCCUGAAGGAGCGUUACCUUCGUCACGUCCAAGCGCCUACACGCCCUCAAAGAGAGCGUACGAUGCAACUCAACAUCAUCCGCAAAGACAGCGCCCCGUCUGGCCAGGAAGAGUUGCACACUGAGUCAGUCACUGUCACUGUUAAAGAAGGAGCAGAUGAGCCUGUGGCAACCAAACCAGGAGAGAAGCUGCUGACUCUGAAGCAGCGCCUGCAGCUCGCCAUGGCACAACGGAGACAGGAGGAGAGGGCACGCAAGGCAGAGCUGAAUCGCCUAGACAAUGAAGACUGUGGGGAGGAGGAAGAGGAGGAGGAAGACAUGACAGAUGAAUCUGAGGAAGAAGAGGGUGUAGAUGACUUACUGGGAGGUGAUGAUGGUGAGCCAGAAGAGGAGGAGGAGGAAGGCAGUGUGGCCCAGAGUAUCAGGAGCCCUUCUCCUGUGGCACUGAACGGACCCUCGCCAACUCCUGACCUAGUUAACACAGAUGGCACACUCAUGCUGUUCCCCGGCAACUCCUGCUCUCGCACCGGUGAUGGUGUAAGAAGGUCUGGUCCUUCUAGACAGGACAGCAGCAAUAAGAUGGAAGAGGAUGACUCUCUGUCCCUGGUGAAGGACAACAGCCACAACAGCAGUUUUGAGCUUGCAGGAUCUAUGAUAACCUCCUAUCAGCCUGUCAAUCAUCAACGCUCCACAGGAAGAAGUGUCUCCAACUCCUCCAUUUUCCGUUCCUCUUCACCCUGCCUCUUCAGGCCCAGCUUCCUUGGCUCUGCCUCGAAGAGUUCAGGCAAACUCUCUGAGCCCUCUCUCUGCCUCCCUGUUGAGGACUCCCAAGACUUGUAUGCACCUACAUCUCCAGGAGCAGAUUCGGGUCCCCUGGGUGGAGCAGCUUCUGGCCCUGGUCUGGGAGGACACUCCCAAGGUCGCUUCUCCCUGGAGGACGACACCCAUUCCCAGUUACUAGAUGCAGACGGCUUCCUUAACGUGGGGCCACGCCCCGGUGCACCUCGCUCCCACAAGAGACAGUUGAUCCUGGACAACCUGGAUGAAAAUGCAAUGGAUGCCAACAUGGGGGAGCUGUUAGGGUUGUGUUCUGGUGUUUUUGGGACAGCGCAGAGCGACUCAGGUCAGGAUGGAGGCCUCGAAGCAACACAGGAGGAUGAGCUGCUUGGGUUGUGCUCUGGAGCGUUUCCACCAACACAGGCAGGAGAGGAUCGGAUGGAAACAGACAAGAGUCAGGAGAGAGGACAGGAUGAAGAAUCUGAUAAUACCAUGGAUCAGCUGCUGGGGUUGUGUUCAGGGAAAUUUCCUAGUCCAGGUUCUACUCACACGGCUUCGCCAGCACAAAACAGUAAAAAGAAGCCAGAGGAGGAAGAGCAGGAGGAGGAAGAGGACUGCGAGUUCCGGCUUUUGUCAGAUGUGGAAAGUCAUAGUGAACAGGAGGAUAAUGAUGAAGAUGGUGGAGAGGAAAACGAGGAGGAUGAAGAUGGAGGGGAGGACGAGGCAGAGGACAAUGAUGUAGAAGAGGAGGAGAUGCAGGGUGUGUUCGCAUCACACCGGGUUAAGAAAAAGAAGAAAAUGCGCUUGACUGACUAUGUGGACUCAGAGGCUGAGCUCUCAGGCAGUGACUUGGGCAGCGAUGAUGAGGACGGAGACAGGGGGAGCGAAUACGAGGAGGAGGAGCUUCUUGAAGAGCUUCCCUCUGAUGAGGAGCUGCAGGACCAGGUCAACAAGAUCCACAUGAAGCAGAUAAUGGAUGAUGACAAGCGUCGUCUGAGGCUCUACCAGGAGCGUUACCUAGCUGACGGCGACCUGCACUCUGAUGGCCCGGGACGAGCUCGGCGCUUCCGCUGGAAAAAUAUCGAUGAUGGUUUCAACAUGGACAGGAUGGAAGCAGAGGGCGAAGAAGAGGAGGACGAUCCUGAUGGUGUGGACCAGUCUGAGGUCCAGAGGAGGAAAGAGAGACUGGAGAGAGAACAAUGGCUCAGAGAACAGUCUGAACAGAAAGCCAAGAAAGGGGAAGAUUUGGAUGCAGAUGAUGAGAAGAUUGGAGAGGAAGACAGUCAUUUUAUGAAGCUGGCCAAGAAACUGACUGCCAAGACUCUGCAGAGAAAAGAGCCCCCUGUGGCACCACAACCAGAAAAGAAGACCUCAUCAGCUCUCAACCCCUUCCAGAGACCCUUGCAGCCCUUACAGGUGAGGAGAGGGUCACUACUGAGUCAGCCUCAUUCCGUCCUCCAGAAGCUGGCGUCGAUCUCAGAGGGGAAUCUUCUGGCGCCCAGAAACAGCAGAGGGUUCCUGUUUCAAACUCUGUCUCCUGAAAAGGGCAACUCGACCUCAGAUGCUCCCCAGAAGCAGAUGAUGAAGAAGAAGAGGGGGGCAGUGGGAGCAGUGAACCCAACAGCAAAAAGGGUCUGCAGGGAGAACAAACCUGCUGGACAGACUAAUGGCCCCCAGAGGAGCAUCUUCAACUUCCUGGACCACUGAGGUUGCAAUACACUAACUGACUGAUAAAGGCCAAAAUUAACCAGCCAUAUCCAGUAUUUAACCAGCCAAUAAGACUUAAAGGAGGUGGUAAAAUGAUGGUUACGUGCCACGGUGGCUGGUAGACGUCCUCCCCUCUGUGUCCCUUUUAUGAUACACAAAUACAGAUGCUUGUAUGUGUGUUUGCAUGUUUACAUCGCCUUAAUAUGGCAAACUAAAGAGCACCACUGAGGCAUCUUUUUUGAUGUUUUACUUUUUCUUACACACAUUUGCUGUUCACUAGUUCGGCUUGUGUGUCUAAAUUUUAAAUCUGUUAUGCCAUCAGAUCUGUCACUUCUUACUUGACUUAAUUUGGACUGCUUGACGGAGGUCCAUUUUAAAAAUGUUUUAUUGUGUAAAUAGGAUUGAUUUGGUUUUUAAUGGCGAGGGAGUUUUUGUAUGAUGAUUUAUUUGUUUUACAUUGUAAAUAAAAUUGUAUUUUAAGACAUUG